CGCCGUCCUCCCUGUCCCUUCCAGUCCCACGAAGGGGGUGGGCCCGGCCCGGGCAGCGCCUCCGAGACAGGAUGUUCACGUCCAAGUCCAACUCCGUGUCGCCAUCGCCGUCCCUGGAGCAGGCAGACGCGGACGCGCUGGACAUCAGCACCAAAGUGCAGCUCUAUGGGGUUCUGUGGAAGCGGCCGUUCGGGAGAUCGUCGGCCAAGUGGUCCAGGCGGUUUUUUAUCAUCAAAGAAAGCUUUCUGCUUUACUAUUCUGAGAGUGAAAAGAAGAGCUUUGAAACCAAUAAAUACUUCAAUAUCCAUCCUAAGGGUGUCAUCCCACUGGGCGGCUGCCUGGUGGAGGCCAGAGAGGAACCCAGCAUGCCCUACGCCAUGAAGAUCUCACAUCAGGACUUCCACGGAAAUGUCUUGUUGGCUGCCGAGUCUGAGUUUGAGCAGACACAAUGGCUUGAGAUGCUGCAGGAGUCUGGGAAGGUGACCUGGAAAAAUGCCCAGCUAGGAGAAGCUAUGAUCAAAAGCCUGGAGGCACAGGGGCUACAGCUGGCGAAGGAAAAGCAGGAAUAUUUAGACAAGCUGAUGGAGGAGACAGAGGAACUGUGCCUUCAGAGGGAGCAGAGAGAGGAGCUUGAACGUCUGAACCAGGUGCUGGAGGCCGAAAAGCAGCAGUUCGAGGAGGUGGUACAAGAGCUGAGGGUGGAGCAAGAGCAGAUCAAGAGGGAGCUAGAACUCACUGCAAGAUGCCUCAAGGGUGUGGAACAAGAGAAGAAGGAGCUGAGGAAUCUCACAGAAUCCUUACAGCGCACACUGGAGGAACUCUCCAUAGAGAAGAAGAAAACCCUAGAGAUGCUGGAGGAAGAUAAGAACCAGCCACAGCCAUCGGCCAAUCAGAGUGAGCAGCCACUUGCCAGUGAUGGUCUCCAUAGCAACCUCAGGCAGAUCGAAGAGCGGAUGCAGGAGCUUUUGGCAGAGAAGCUUCUGGCUGAGAAGCGGAUGAAGGAGAAUGAAGAACGCUCACGGGCCCUGGAGGAGGAACGGGAGUUCUACUCAAGCCAGUCUCAAGCUCUGCAGAACUCGCUUCAGGAGCUGACUGCAGAGAAGCAGCAGGCUGAGCGGGAGCUCAAGGCUGAAGUGAAGGUACGCAUGGACCUGGAGAGACGACUUCGCGAGGCAGAGGCAGCCUUGCGGAGCCUGGAACAAGGGCUCAAUUCCAAGGUUCGGAACAAGGAGAAGGAAGAGAGGAUGCGGGCUGAUGUGAGCCACCUGAAAAGGUUCUUCGAGGAGUGCAUCCGCAAUGCAGAGCUUGAGGCCAAGAUGCCGGUCAUCAUGAAGAACUCCGUGUACAUCCAUAAGGCCGCCACUCGUCGUAUCAAGAGCUGCCGUUUCCACCGCCGCCGGUCCAGCACUUCCUGGAACGACAUGAAGCCAUCCCAGUCCUUCAUGACCUCCCAGCUAGAAGCCAACAACAUAGAAGAGCUAAAGGAGGUGGCCAAGCGGCUAAGCCGAGACCAGCGCUUCCGAGAAUCCAUCUACCACAUCAUGGCCACCCAGCCUGGGGCCACUGCGCUCCCCCGGGGUGGAAAGUGAUGGUACUCCUCUCCCACCUCCUCUCUCUCCUUGGUAGGGUAGGAGGGAGGCCUGGCUCUCCUUGGCUCCUCUCCACCAGAGCACCCCUAGGGGAGGGGUGCCCUUAUUCUCAAAGGAGGUGAUCAGUCCCUCUGCUUUACCUCGAGCCCUGACCUUGGAGAUCAGAAGAGAGUGUUGGAGUCCCUGGAACUGGAGUUAUGGGUGGUUGUGAUCCCCUAUGCGGGUGCUGGGAAUUGAACCUGGGUCCUCUGGAAGAGUCACAAGUGCUCUUAACCACUGAGCCAUCUCUCCAGGCCUGAGCCCUGACCUUGGGUCUACACUAUGUAGGUGGCUCCACACUGGGUGCUACCUGGUUUGUCAUGAUGAGGCCUGACUGUGUGUGGAAUCUGUUGGUCAGGAAGAGAAAAUGUCUAUUCCACAGGGUAGGCAGGGCCUGCCCACUGG